AUGCCACAACACCACCGACCUCCAUAUUCUCUUGGAGGCGAGAAAAUCUUUCCUCCACGACAUCUAGACCGGUCCAUCCACAAUCCCAAUUUCUGUGCAUGGCGAGGCGUUUCGUGCUCUGGCGGCUCUGUGGUGGCUCUCAAUAUCGCAAAUUGUUCUAUGCGAGGGUCCAUCUCACCGGCUCUCGCCGUCUUACCCAACCUGCUCCACCUCAAUCUUUCUUCUGAUCACCUCUCCGGCCCCAUCCCACCUGCUCUCUCCAACUUAUCUUCUUUGGAAUCUCUACUCCUCCUGUCCAACCAACUCUCCGGCCCCAUUACUCCCCAACUCGGCUCCCUCCUCAACCUCUGCCUCCUUAGAAUCGGCGACAAUUAUCUCACCGGCUUUAUUCCGCCGCAGCUUGCCAAUCUUCAUAAUCUGGUGGCUCUUGGUUUGGCCUCUUGCAGCCUCACCGGUCCCAUUCCGCCGCAGCUAGGUAUGCUGCCCAACCUCCAGACCUUGCUUUGUAGCAGAACCAGCUGGAGGGACCUAUCCUCCCUCAGCUCGCCAAGGUGCUGCGGAUCGGCAUCACAUUGGAGAGGUCACAAAACCGCCGCUGAGAGUGUUUCCGGCGAGCUUGGCGAAGAAGAAAGGUGUGGGUCCCACCACCAAUGA